AUGGACAAGAUGGCCAGAGCACGGCAUCCAUAUAAAAAACAUUCCAAACCAGGAGAUAUAGAGGAGCGACAAGAGGGCUGGGAAAGGCGGCGAUACAGGACGCGAUGCACAAAAGUGGAGGUCAAGGAAGAUGAGGCCGUUCACCACCGUCUUAUUCUCCGCUCUGAGGAACGUCAGCACAAGGAGAAAUAA